AUGGCUUCUUACGAUUUCGACGCCGAGCGAGCGAAGAUCUUGGAAUACGAGGGUAGAACGGAAGCAGUAGAGCGCAGGGGACCUACCCGAAGAUACGAGUUUCAGGAACCUGAAGGAUGGUCGAUAAAAGUACGGGAGGCAUAUGACAAGGCAACCAAGGUUCCAUUUGAGUUGUCAGAUGAGGAGAGAGAGAGAGCCAGGAACCUCGAUAUACAAGAUGAGCAAAUCCGAUGGCACAAGGAGAACGGCAACAUUGUCAGAGAUGAUAAUGAGGUUGUCGCAAACCCAGCUGGGAGAGAGCUGACUGUGUAUCUUGCACAUAUCGGAUCGAUAAUCUUGGGCAGGGAAAAGUGGGACGGAUACAUGGCCAGACUUAUCACUGCCACGGAUCAAUUCAAUGCUCAUGUUCCUCCUACCCCACCAGAGGUAGGAGAGAAACGAUUCAGAUUGAAUUGUGAAGCAGAUAAAGCUAGGGCUGAGCAGUUAGGGUAUCUAUAUAGCACUAACCAUAUUUCCUUCAGACGCGAAACCGGCCAAAGAAAUCAAGAGCCUGCGUUCACGAACGAAACGAUUGCUAGCCGCCACAAAUUCUCAGCCAUAGUUCGAUACAUGCAGGAAGUGACCUGGAUGAUACAAAUAAUCGGUAUGGCAGAGGCGGUAAUAUUCCCUGAGCAGUACAAAAGGGCUCGAGCUGUGGUACAACAUUGGGAGCAACAGUCAGAAUUCAAGACCAUAGUUACCGAUCGGGAGGUCACCACCACAACUGUCCUCAAUUCCAAUACGGUCUCAGAUCCACAUUGGGACGCUACUGAUGCCGAGGGUACAAUGACAGCGCUCCAAGUUUGGGGGGACUUCGAUAACAAAGAAGGAGGACAUUUUGUCAUCCCAAUAACCAACAGAAUGUAUGCUAUGUAUACCGACUCCCUCGUGUGGAUGCUUUCCCAAGAAAUCAUGCAUUACACAAGCCGCCCAGUCACUGGUCAGAGAUUUAGUGUUGUGCAUAUUACACAAAAGGAUUUGGCCAACUUUGAUGCAAUAAGUCUACCACCAACACCAGCGGAGAAGGCUGCUUUCGUGCGAGAAGCUCGGGAGGAUGAUGAGUCAGACAGCUGUCCGUUCUGCGACCAAGGACCUUAUUCAGGUGGUCUUCAGUCAAUCAACAAGCACCUCAUAAGUAUCAUUGUUCGUGGUGGUGAUGACAAACACCCACUGGACGAGAUCACGAACUGGAAAGAAUGGGCAUCAGCAGAAAUGGCAAAGCGAGGUCUGAAGCGUCGCAACGACCGUAGUGCAGCCAAGAAAGCUGCUAAACGCCAACUUGACGAGGACUCUGAGGCGGAACACGAAGUCGACCAGGCACCAGGCCCCAAGCGACGGAAGUUAGCAAAGCUCGAGGUAUCAUAUGAGUACGAGCGUUACGCUGCUGCUCUCUUCACGGAAGACUCAACAGAGAAGCCACUUGAGAGUCGUUUGCAAAGCCAUAUGAUGCCACCAAGGCUUGAAAUACCUGCUGGAUGGGUCGUCACACCACCGUUCACACCUGUCGGCCAACCACCGCCCACUCCAGGCUUCACACCCAUAUGGCAGGAGUCCAGUCGCUUCCCAGGCCACUGGCGAUGCGACUUUGGAAAUGAUAAGACCAUGUAUCUGGGAGGGCCACCCAGAAUUAUCGGGGGCUUGGGGAACUACGACAUCAUCGUAUUCGGAUUCUCUUCUGAUGCUGAGCUCGAUAAGGUUGACACAUACCAACUUAUCUUGAAGAACUUCAUCGCAUCGUACCCAGAUACCCUCCCCGUCGACGACGUACUAAUGCAGAGAGACUUCAUGCUUCGCAGAAACUCAUGA